GAAAGGCUACGGGAGAGUAGACUAUUGCGCACGAAACCCGCAGCCUCCUAAACAUUUCGUCACGCCACAGGCAAGUAUUGGAUCCGAUAGCUGACAGAGCCUGUUAUUUCGAAACGCUAAACUACGCCUGUUGAGGAAGUGGCGGUGAUUGCGCUGGUCUGGUGUGGCAGCUCUCAGCCAGCCAGGGCGUCUCUCUCGCGCUCUCACGCUCCUUCGUCCUUCCCCCGUGAGAGAGUGUAGUCGUUGGCGACACUGUAAAUCACCACCAGCAAGAUCACAUUCAAGGUGUUGGUCUCCGCCAGCAGCCAGAACAUUACAGGGACUUGGGCAGGCCAUUGAAAGGGACAAUAGGCUACGCGGCUCAUAGGCUAUUGACUACUGCUGUUGCUGUUCACAUUGUACUCGACAGGACUGAGUGAGUGGUGGGUGGGUGUCGACAUUCGCAGUUUUGACAGGAAACGGGGGGAACUUUCGUUUUGUUCUCAGAACGCCAUACCAGACAGAACAAGCUCCAGUUGGAUUUUUUUUACUGAUUGAACGUCUAUCCGAAUAGAAACCUCAUUUAAAAGGAACAGACGAACACGAGUCGAGACGGUAAGCUGCCGUUUCCUUCCCUAUUCUGUUAGUGCUCUCAGUGUGUCUGAGGAGAUAGAGAUAGAAGCGUCGUUCUGGUGGUGUUGCGAAGUCUACUGGUUGACAGCCGCUGCGUGAUGAAGACGACGAGGGGAGAUAACGGCAGCGGUCGCCGACGGAUGUUCUCAUCCCCCGUCUAGAUUGCAGAGAGACAGCCAGGCAAGCUGCUCUGGAUGCAAAUGCAUUUGGAGAGAAUGGCCGGGCACGGCGAUGAACAACACAACAAACGCUUGUCCGCUCACAUGAACGGAUACAAGGCGACUCAGCCGAGCAAGAGGGAUAGUUCUACGCAUGGUGAGCGCGAGGCUCGGUUCUCGAACGGGGGUUGCCAGGUGACGGGAGGGCACCGUGACCGGGAUGGGGAGGACCCGAGCGAAGUGGUCGAGGCGGCCAGAGCUGUCACCGAUCUGAAGGAAGAGGAGGCGGGAAUACCCCGCAGGAGCAGCAUCAUUAAGGAUGGCUCUCGGCGUAGCCGCGCCGGUAGCGACCGCAAGAAGACCGUGUCGUUCGGCGGCAUGACGGGCGGCCCCAAGAUAAGCUCCGCCCAGGGUUGCCUGAGCCGCAUGCAGGAGGGCAGCGAGAUGCGCAAGGUCCGCCCCGGACUCCGCAUCUACGUCCGCCACUUCCUGUUGGAGGCGGGGCAUCGCGCCAUCCGCUGGGAGCCCAGCAAGAAGGAGGCGGGCAAAGCUCGGCUGGCGCUGGCCGAGGUGCGCGAGGUGCGGACAGGAAGGAACACGGAGGUGUUCCGCGCCAGUGGCGUGGCGGAGCUGGUGGCGGAGGACUGUGCUUUCUCGCUGGUCUACGGUGACGAUUACGACACGCUGGAUUUGGUGGCGGUGUCGCCCGAGGUGGCCAACAUCUGGGUGACAGGGUUACGCUACCUCAUCUCCAACCAAGGCCCGAGUUCACACACGCACUCCAACACACACUCCUCGCACGCCUCCAAGACGUCCAAAGCGCACACGCAUGCGCGCUCCACCUCGGAGAAGAGCCGGGACGACGCGCGGGCCAACCUGCAGCUCUCCUGGCUCUCGGAUGAGUUCUCGCAGGUGCUCGCCGUGGGAGACGGCAGCGUCGACAAAGAUGGCGGUUCGUUGAGCUUGCACGAAGCGGCGCACCUCAUUGAGAAACUCAGUCCUGGCGUGAAGAGCUCACACAUCCAGGUGCGCCUACACGAGAUCCUGCGUCACGACUCGCUCUCGCAGACGCCACCGCACACGCCACCUCACACCCCGCCGCACACGCCCCACCGCGUCUCGUUGGAACACUUCACGCAGGCGUUCCACGACCUGAGCACGCGGCCCGAGGUCUACUUCCUGAUGGUGCAGUUCUCCGGAAACAAGGACUUCCUGGAUACCAAGGACGUGAUGCGCUUCCUGGAGACGGAGCAGGGCAUGGCCCACGUGACGGAAGGCUCAGCCCAGGAAUUGAUUGACAGGUACGAGCCCUCCCCCUUGGGCCGCCAGCUCGGCCGGCUGUCAUUGGACGGCUUCACGCGCUUCCUGGACUCGUGGGAGUGCAGCCUGAUGGACCCCGCCCACACGGGGGUGUGUGAGGACAUGACGCAGCCCCUCCCCCACUACUUCAUCAGUGCCUCCCAUAACACACACGUCACAGAGGCACAGGUGCCGGCGGUGAGCGGCCUCAGUGGGUAUGAGCGGGCGCUGCGUCUGGGCUGCCGCUGCCUGGAGCUGGACGUGUGGGACGGCCCCCAGGGGGAGCCGGUGGUCAGCAAGGGCCACACGCACUCCGCCAUGAUGCACUCGCCGGCGCCCCCUCUGGGCUUCAGGGAGGUGGUGCAGACCGUGGCCAGGAUGGCAUUCGUUACUAGAACACGAGAAGUUGGUGGAGAUGGUGGCCACUGUGGUGGUGGUAGCAACGGUGGCACGGGUGGGUGGGUCCAUGGAGUAGGAAAGGGGGGCGAUGAUGACGGUGUUCCGGGUUCUGCAUCAGGGGGUUCUGAGUUCCCUCUCAUCCUGUGCAUGGAGAAUCACUGCUCGCCGCCGCAGCAGAGGAUCAUGGUCCGGCACCUGCGCGAGGCCUUCGGGGAGCGGCUUCACAGGGGGUUGCUAGGCAACGGGCAGCCGGACGGCCAGCUGCCCUCCCCGCACGCGCUCAGAGGGAAGGUGCUGUUGCUAGGCAGCCGACCCCUCCCAGACCCACUGCAGCAGCAGCAGCACGGGAGCGGCGAGACGGAGGAAACUACCCAGAAGGCCAUGGGAGUGAGUGGAGUAGGAGGAGGAGGAGGAGGAGGAGGUGGUCCUGGCACGCCGGUGUCGUCUCGCCGCGUGCCCCUCUGCCCCGACCUGUCGGAGCUCAUCUCGCUGUGCCACGCCGACCCCCCGCCUAACAACGAGUUCCCCUCGGCAACCGCCACCCCCGCGCCCUGCUGCGCCGUCACCUGCUUCCGGGAGGCGCUGGCCAGCCGGCACGCAGCCGAGCACGGGCCGGAGCUGGUGGAGCUGGCCAAGAGACGGCUGCUGAGGGUGCGGCCCAGCCUGAUGCGCGUGGACUCCUCGAACCCGGACCCCCUGGGCUUCUGGAAGGCGGGGCUGCAGCUGGUGGCGCUGAACGUGCAGACGGAGGGGGCCAUGAUGGAUCUGCACCGGGGCUGGUUCCGACGCAACGGGGCCUGCGGAUACACACUGAGGCCAGCCAUCAUGAGGCAACAGGUGUCCUAUUUCAGUGCCAAUGAGCGUGGGGCAUUGCCAGGUGUGCCACCCCAGACGUUACACCUGCGAGUCAUCAGUGGGCGGAGCUUGCCUAAGCCUCGAGGGGGAGGGGCUAAAGGUGACUGUUUGGACCCCUAUGUUACCGUGGCGAUCCAUGGCAUCCCUGCUGACUGUGGUGAGAGACGCACACACACCGUGCCACAGAACGGAGAGAGCCCAGUCUUCGACCAGAGCUUCCAGUUCCAGGUGAACCUCCCCGAGCUGGCCCUGCUGCGCUUCACGGUCCUGGAUGACGACUUCAUCGGUGACGACUUCAUUGGCCAGUACACGCUGCCCCUGGACUGCGUCCAGUCCGGCUUCCGGCACGUUCCGCUGCUGACGGCCGAGGGGGAGGAGCUGCCGCACGCGCGCCUGCUGAUCCACGUGGCGAUGACGGAGCGGCGCGGCGGGGGCAAGGCGCACAAGCGGGGGCUGUCCGUGCGGCGGGGGAUCCGCAGGAGCCGCCAGUACACACAGCUGCAGGAGCUGGGCCUCAGGGCGCUCGACGACGUAUUCAAGAUGGCCGCCACGCCGCUACGCGACGCCACCGACCUCAGAGAGAACAUGCAGGAGGCGUUGGAGUCCUUUAAGGAGCUGUGCGGCGUGUCGGUGCUGUCCAACAUCACCCAGUGUGUGUUGACCUUGGGCUCCAGGGUGGCGGGGUCAGAGGGCGUUCCCAUGGUGAGGUUUGACCUCAGCCAGGCCUAUCCCACCAUGCACACACAGGGGGCGUUGCCGGACGCACUGCGCAAGAUCACCUCCGUCUACCACACGCUGAUGCAGGCCAGCAAAGCAGUGAUGGAGGAGGGCGAUGGAGUCACCGGCAAGAUCCUACAGACACACCACAGAGCCAUGGAGUUCCAUGAGCAUCUGCAGUCAGUGGCGGGGAAGGAGGGGCUUAAAGCCAGGAAGCUGAACAGAGCGGUGGAGAGCUUCUCCUGGAACAUCACCAUACUCAAGGGCCAGGCGGACCUCCUAAAACAUGAGAAGUUGGAGGUUCAAGAUCUCCUGAAGCAGCUCCACUGUGCGGCCCAGGCAGCCAAUCUCAGCCUCCCUACAGGGCGGGCCAAAGCCACCAGAGCCAAUCAGGACUCUUCUGACGGGGGGAUCGACGUGUGGUAGCCAAUCGCAACUCCUCUAACCAGGGAUGAUGAUGAUGAUAGACAACGUGGUAGCCAACCAAAACACAGCAUUAGUCUCAAGCCGAAACAGUCUCAACAAAGGACACCCAAUCAGCA